UUUCUUGAUACCAUUUGAAAGCAUGUUUUACUUUUGAUUCUUUAGAACCUCAGCUCUAUAUAAACUCCACCCUUUUGGAGCUUGGAUCCUUAGCUCUAGUCCAGCCCUAGUUUCUAGCUGGGUUUUCGGGCCGAAUUGGCUGGGCCCUAGCCUUGCCUGUAGUUUGCCCUUCCCCUUGCCCAACCCAACCCAACGCAGCCUAGUUUUUUAGAUACAAGCGGGUCUGAAUCCUAAAUCCAAGGCACCCGUCCGGUUUCUGAUUUUACGAGUCAGGCAGAGGGUGAAAUGUGAGUCAAACAUGCCCCAAACCCAGCCCUCCCCAUAACUUCCCACUCCCAGUCGGACAGGGAGAAGUAAAGAUAUAUAUAUCUUCUGAGACAGAGGAGAGAACCUCUGCUUAAUUAUGAUAGGAAUCAAGACCAAACCUCUCAUCAAUUUUUAGUUGAUAAAGCAGAAGGAGGGAAAGAUCCCUCCAAGCAGGCACGCAAGCAAGCCCCCCCAAUCCCCAUGGCGUCAGACGAUAUGGCAAAGUACAACAGGUCCUCCUGGUCAUGUAUGUCUAUGUUGGUGGUCGUCCUCCUCGUCCUCGGCACUAACCUCCUCACUGUCUCUCUCCUCUCUGGAGGUCCCCUGCGCUGGUCCAUCCCCACCUUCGACUCCGCCACCGAUCUAACCACCACCACUCAAAAACUCCUCCCCUCAUCCUGCAACAAACUGAGCUCAGAGCUCUCAGAGGCGAAGCAGGAGAUCCAGCUCCUCCGCUCCCAACUCCAAGCCUCAAAAUCCCUCUCAGAAGAGCUCCUCAGCCGUCUUUCUUCCCUCUUGGACCAUAACAACAGCAAUAGCAACAACAACAAGAAGAAAAAAGACCACUUCCCGAAAGACCCUGACCUCCCCCAAGAGUUCAGGGAAUCCGCAUCUGCAAAGCCCCUGCCUCUUGGCUUCAACCCCAAUUUUGGUUCAGACAAGAUCUACCCACCUGUCGGUGCUGCUUGCUCCUUGUUCAUGGAUGAGCUUUUCCAGUAUAUGCAGUACAGUGUUGGAGGAGAUUGCCCAGACGAUGAGCUGCUGGCGCAGAGGCUAAUGCUGAAGGGGUGCGAGCCCCUUCCACGCCGCCGCUGCCGCUCGCAAGCCCAGCGCAACUACGUGGAGCCCGCCUCUCUCCCAGAGAGCCUCUGGUCCAUCCCUCACGACACAAGUGUGGUGUGGACAGCAUACUCUUGCAAGAACUACACGUGCCUGGUGAACCGCAAGUAUCAGAAGGCCUUUGAUGACUGCAAGGACUGCUUUGAUCUGGAAGGCCGAGAGCGCAUCCGCUGGGAGGGCCCAGGGAGCGGAGGCGGGGAGAGCCUUGACUACUCCAUCGACGAGGUGCUGGCAUUCAAGAGGGUGGGAAACACCGGAAAAAGCAGCAUCCGGAUCGGGCUCGACAUCGGAGGAGGGUCUGGAACCUUUGCUGUUCGGAUGCGGGAGCGGGACGUAACGAUCGUGACCACGUCCAUGAACUUCAAUGCGCCCUUCAACAACUUCAUCGCAUCGAGGGGGGUGAUUCCCCUCUACAUCUCUGUAUCCCAGAGGCUUCCAUUCUUCGACAACACGCUUGACAUCGUGCACUCGAUGCACGUGCUCAGCAACUGGAUCCCCACCACUCUCUUGCACUUUAUCUUCUUCGACAUUCACAGGAUCCUGAGGCCGGGUGGUCUCUUCUGGCUCGAUCACUUCUUCUGUAUCGAGGACCAGAUGAACCAGGUCUAUAUACCCAUGAUUGAAGGGAUCGGCUUCAAGAAGCUCAAGUGGACAAUUGGGAGGAAGCUGGACAGAGGCGUCGAGCUCCAUGAGAUGUACAUCUCCGCCCUCCUAGAGAAGCCCCUCUAG